CAAUGCUUCAGGGAGGAGCUUUGAACAAAUAGGCGGAGCUUUGUGUCAGCAAGCAUCGAGGCAGCUCUGAAUGGCUACCGCAGGAGAUGCAAGGAUUUUUCAAASGUCCUCACCUGGCUGARUGAUGAGGAAGACACACCUAGUUAGACAGGCCCUCCAACUCACCUUCAACCCACUCUCAGGUGGGUUCAAUGUCGUCUGAUUAACUUAAAACACAUCAGGUGUGUCUGCCUCAGACUGUGUCUCUGCAGGUUCUGUCAGCAUGAUUCAGUUAGUGAGUUUUAUUUGUAUAACAGUUGCACAUUUUGCCAUAGCAAGAGAGUUUUUAAUUAGUAAGUCUGGAUGUUAUAAACCUGCACCGAGGAAGGCAAAUUUUGGAGUUAGAACUGCACAUCGAGCUCAUGAACUCCUGAACUUUGCUCAGCUGCCAAAGUCCUGGGAUUGGAGGAACGUAAACGGGAUCAACUAUGCCAGUGCGACUCGGAACCAGCACAUCCCUCAGUACUGUGGUUCUUGCUGGGCUCAUGGCAGUACCAGUGCCAUUGCAGAUCGUAUCAAUAUCAAGCGCAGAGGAGCGUGGCCAUCUGCUUAUUUGUCUGUCCAACACGUAAUCGACUGCUCCCGAUCUGGCACCUGUCACGGCGGAGACCAUGCCGGGGUGUGGGAGUACGCCCAUGCUCACGGAAUACCCGAUGAGACUUGCAACAACUACCAGGCCGUUGACCAAGAAUGUAAUCCUUUCAAUGCCUGUGGGACUUGUACGCAUUUCGAYGAGUGCAAACCUGUGCGGAACUACACGCUGUGGAAAGUGGGUGACUAUGGAGCCGUUAGUGGAAGAGAUGAUAUGAAGGCAGAAAUCUACACUGGUGGACCGAUCAG